UUGAUUAUACUGAAUAACUUAAAAGUUUUAUUUAGAUCAAUGAUUGAUUAUGCUAAAGAAAGAUUGUGCAUUAAUUCUAAAUCAAUUCACCAGAGCGGAAUAUCAAAUGGUGGAAUUCUGUCAUAUUCAAUCAUCGCUAAACUUAGUGAUAUAUUUGCGUCCAUAGCUCCUGUUGCUGCGUCCCCCCUGCUAGGAUAUGGUGACCUACCAGGAUCUCCUCUGAGUAUAAUCGACCUCCACGGAACCAGGGAUACUGUUGUUCCUAAUACCCUAACCCAGGCACUAGGAUUGGGACCAUACGAUAGUCUUGUCUCGAGCAAUGAUGGGUUUUAUUAUGAAAAGAAAAGCAGUACAAUAAAAUAUGUUGAUGGGUUUAAUUGUACUUCAAUCUCAAGUCCCUGGAAAACUGAUAUGGAUGGCGUUAAGGACUGGAGCUGUGAUCUAUGGACAGUAUGCAUUGGAGGAAUGGAGAUUGUGAAUUGUACUGGAAGUUUUGGGCAUAAUUACCCCUUUGGUGCCGGUAAACAUACUCAGGCAGCCAGGAUAAUAUGGAACUUUAUGAAGACACAUGAGAAGCAAGAUAUUUAAAUAUAUAGAUACAUCAUCAUUCAAAAAAAAUUUGUAAAUUAAUUUUAAAAAUACAAAACCUAAUUGUACAAAGUUAAGAUCUGAAUAUCAACAAAUCACUGCAAAUAAAAACUUGAUAUUUGUGUUAUUUUUUCAAAAUUUAAAAGAGAAGGCAUGGCUUAGAUAUUGGAUAAUGCAACUCAAGCAUUGGGCUUGAAGUAUGCAAAGCCUUGGCCUUUGAUUUUACCUUUCUCGCUUACUUAAUUGUACAUUUUUAAAUAGUCCUAGACUUCUAAAACUUUAAAGCACUUAAUUUAGCUUAAAUUUCUAAGAAGUAAUUGGCAAAAUUCUCUUUGAGAAAGU